AUGACGAAUCAAUCCAGCGGGGGCAAUGACAGGGGCCGUCGUGACACGGAUCCUUUUGCUCACGCUGGUGAUGUAAAAUUAUCUUCUGACGCUAUUGCACUUGAUGUAACUCAGAAAGGCCAGGAUGAUGUGGUAAAGGAAGUGAAACCCUCGCUUUUCGCCGUACUUCUUGAGAAGUUUAUUCCCCAUGGUGGAUUGUGGUCCUGUGCCCUGAACCUGGCCUCUGCUACAUUGGGUGCUGGCAUUUGCUCACUUCCGACUGGUUUCAAUUUGAGUGGGAUUGUUAUGUCCUGCAUUUACCUUGUUUGCGUUGCGGUUGGCACGGUGUACUCUCUUAAUCUUCUUGCAAAGGUUGCAGUGAAGACGGGAUCGCGUAAUUACGGAGAAGCUGCGCGGAUGGUGAUGGGUCCACUUACUGGUUACUACGCGGCAGCGCUUAUGAUAGCGAUGUGCUUUGGAGGUAACGUUGCUUACAUCAUCAUUAUUGGUAUCAUUUUGAAGGCUGUGCUCAAUCGUGAUAGUGUUCCGGAAUAUUUGAAAUCAGAAAGUGGUAAUCGGCUAAUGACAUUCAUGGUGUGGUUGGUGAUUAUCUUGCCUAUGUGCAUUCCCAAGCGGGUUAAUUCAUUGCGCCACUUAUCCUUUGUGGGUGUGAUCGCUAUUGCUUAUUUCGCAUUUUUCAUUGUUGGCCAUUCCAUUAAUAAGAUCAUUAAUGAGGGUGUCGCUGAUGACAUCGUGUACAUGCGCACUGGAAAUAGCGCUUUAGAUGGCUUAUCACUAUUUCUCUUCUCAUUUAUCUGCCAGUCGAACGCAUUUGAAAUAUUCCGUGAGAUGAAACACCGGUCGCCGCAACGCUUCACAAUAUAUGGUAUUGUGGGUGUUGUGAUGUGUGCUGUGCUUUACUUCCUGGUUGGUUUAUUUGGUUAUUUGGAGUUUGGAGGGAAAUCUGUUGACACAGUGCUGUCUCUAUAUGAUCCAGGUGAGAAUGUUGCCCUUGCAAUUGCGUAUAUUGGAAUUGCAAUUAAAAUAACAGUUGCUCAUGCUCUACACUCUAUUCCCAUACGUGACGGUCUGUACCAUUGUGUGGGUUGGCAUGUUGAUACUGUACCGUAUUGGAAGCAUGUUGUUGUGGUUGUAACUAUUAACUUUACCUCACUGAUUAUUGGACUCUUCAUUCCGAAAGCAUCCACUGUUUUUGGUCUCGUUGGUGCUUUCUGUGGUGGUCAUAUCGGACUUGUGUUGCCUCCGUUGUUCUACAUGUACUCAGGUGGCUUCACGAGGGAAAAAGUUGGUAAUAUUGAUUUCUUUGGCACUUAUCUCCUUCUUUUUGUUGGUGUUGUGGCUGUUGUAUUUGGCACGGUAACGACCAUAGCCGGUGCACUGUCUUGA